AUGUCCGAUCCCGAUGAUAAUGUCGGAGGAUCGCCAAAGGUGCACAUCGGUCGCGCUUGCGACCAUUGUCGCUCCCGCAAAAUCCGCUGUGACAGAGCGACUCCUUGUGCGAAUUGCGUUGCCGCCGGCAUACAAUGCAAGACUUCCAAAGACAGACCCCAAGUGCAACGGCAAAGGGUGCUGAUCUCGGGGCAAUAUGAGCGCAAGAUCGAUGCUAUGGAGGAGCGUCUGCAUAGCGUGGAGACUUUGUUGAUGGAAACUAACAAGAUGUUACGCUCUCUUCUGAACAAGGAGCAUACCAUAUCGCCCUCAUCAACGCUCACACCAGAUGUCAGAGACACCAGGGCCAGUUUUACUGUGGACGUGAAUAUGGACAGGAGCGUGAAUGGACCAUAUGAUGGCGAGACAUCUUUGAUGGCUCACUCGAGGAACGCACGCCGCGUCAUCGAGCACCUGCUACAGUCAACGCCGUCCAUGUCCAGUGACCCUGAGGUCAUUGAUGCUCUCAAGACGUUGCAUGCCGCUAUGCAGGGUCCUUCGAGAACCGAGGCCAGCCUUCUACGGCCCGGCCCGACCGACGAGGACCAAGAGUCGCCUCGAACUACUCUGCCACCUCAAGAGUCUGUUUUCAACAUCAUUCGUGGUGCCCAGGCCGCGGAUUGCCUCUUCUUUUCGAUAUGGUUGCCCUUCUUCACCCCGGAUGAGUUCAUGCAUCUUUGCGAUCAGCUGUACUCUGAUUUCGACUCCUGCUCACUGGCAACCAAGACGACCUUGUACGGUGGAUUACAUUACAUGUUUGCCGAGUACCUAUCAGCAUGCAAGACCCCCUUUGACUCGAUCUAUUGGGCACACGCCCAGAGCUUUAAGCUUCUGUUCGAAAGCUGUUUGCGACGCUAUAGUGUCUUGUCCAUACCGACUUUUGACAACGUCUUAGCUCUUGUUUUUGGCGCUGGCCAUGCUAUCCAGGUAUCUGACUAUGCUUCAGCUUGGCCGAUGGUGUCAACUGCAGCCAACAUGUGUCAGGCUUUGGGUUGGCACAGACUGCCAGACGGCUACGCGCGGGACGCCGAAGCUCAGAGGAUCUUGUUCUGGUUGAUUUACUACUUUGACAAGUGUCUCUCCUUGAGACUUGGAAGGUCGUCCAACAUACAAGACUUUGACAUAAGUGUUAGCUACCCCAAAGAUCCUGUGGAAUCAGAAUAUCGAUCGUGGCAUCUGUGGUUCCUGACCCUCAUCGACAUCGCAACCGCACACGGCCUGAUAUACGAGCAACUUUACAGCCCCGGCUCAAUGCAACAAUUACCAAAACAACGAUCACAACGUGUACUGGAGCUUGAGUUCCGUCUUGACGCUAUAGCAUACAAAAGCUCCAGCAUCGUAGAGUCAACAGUCUAUCGGCGCCAGUAUAUGAUAUAUCUUGUCAAGUCCAAUGCAGUAGUCAUCGGCUGCCUCCGAACCUUGACAUACCGAGCUGCUUCUCCGUCAGAAGGCCGUGCUGGCUUUGACAUUGAUCCUCGAUGUCUAUCGGCUGCGCGAUUGACUCUUCGUUUACACCAGGACGCCAUCGAACAUGUACGAGAUCGGCAAGAUGGAAGCGCUAACGAUUAUGCAAACUGGACCAUCUUGAAUAGCCCCUUCACACCGUUCAUCGUCCUUUUCUGCCAUGUCAUUGUCAGUUUCGAUCUGGACGAUCUUAAGCUCAUGGAAGCAUUCACUAUCUCUCUCGAAAGUCUCAAUCUGCGAACGGCAAGACCUAUGCUCAACUUCCGAGUACUCUGUGAAACAUUUCUGUUACUUGCUACACGAUACAUUCGAAUGUCUACCAGGGAAAUGCAUGUUCGGGACCAAGUCCCCGUUUUCAGCCCGGACAGUAGCCAUGCGACACCUUCGUCGUCGGGCUAUCCGACCGCCCAAGGUCGUCUCAAUAGGAUCGACUUGUCUCAAGAAGGUGGUAACAGUGGCGGCUUCAAUUUCUUGCCCCCGGGUAUCUUCGAGAACUGGCUUUCAGGCAGCCAGGAUUUUGAUCAGCUUGAGCUUGUCAUGUGA